GCACUAUGGGACUGAGUAACACUCUCUUUGUGAUGGCCUUCCUGCUCUCUGGUGCUGCUCCCCUGAAGAUUCAAGCUUAUUUCAAUGAGACUGCAGACCUGCCAUGCCAGUUUGCAAACUCUCAAAACCGAAGCCUGAGUGAGCUAGUAGUAUUUUGGCAGAACCAGGAAAACUUGGUUCUGAAUGAGGUAUACUUAGGCAAAGAGAAAUUUGACAGCGUUCAUUCCAAGUAUAUGGGCCGCACAAGUUUUGAUCCGGAGAGUUGGACCCUGAGGCUUCACAACCUUCAGAUCAAGGACAAGGGCUUGUAUCAAUGUAUCAUCCACCACAAAAGGCCCACAGGAAUGAUCCGCAUCCACCAGAUGAAUUCUGAACUGUCAGUGCUUGCUAACUUCAGUCAACCUGAAAUAGUCCCAAUUUCUAAUAUAACAGAAAAUAUGUACAUAAAUUUGACCUGCUCAUCUAUACACGGUUACCCAGAACCUGAGAAGAUGAGUGUUUUGCUAAGAACCAAGAAUUCAACUAUCGAGUAUGAUGGUGUUAUGCAGAAAUCUCAAGAUAAUGUCACAGAACUGUACGACGUUUCCAUCAGCUUGUCUGUUUCAUUCCCUGAUGUUAUGAGCAACAUGACCAUCUUCUGUGUUCUGGAAACUGACAAGACACAGCUUUUAUCCUCACCUUUCUCUAUAGAGCUUGAGGACCCUCAGCCUCCCCCAGACCACAUCCCUUGGAUUACAGCUGUACUUCCAACAGUUAUUAUAUGUGUGAUGGCUUUCUGUCUAAUUCUAUGGAAAUGGAAGAAGAAGAAGCAGCCUCGCAACUCUUAUAAAUGUGGAACCAACACAAUGGAGAGGGAAGAGAGUGAACAGACCAAAAAAAGAGAAAAAAUUAAUGUACCUGAAAGAUCUGAUGAAGCCCAAUGUGUUUUUAAAAGUUUGAAGACACCUUCAUGCGACAAAAGUGAUACACGUUUUUAAUUAAAGAGUAAAGCCCAUACAAGUAUUCAUUCUUUCUACCCUUUCCUUUGUAAGUU